AGCGAGUCCCAGCCCGCUUCCUCCCACACACGUCUUAGAGGAUCAGGACUGCGCAGUGCACCAAGGAGCAAGAGGGAUUUCAGAGCAAGAAGAAUAAUUGAGACGAGGCUAAGGAAACUGGACAAGCCCUAGGGCCCAGUACUGGGUUCAUUACACUCGUAGCGAUGUCAGUGAGAGCCCUGCUUUCAGAAGGAAUCAGCCCCUAACAGAAAAAGAAUUCGUGUAACCAACUAUGUACCUGUUUCAUACAUGGGGAAGCGACGGAGUUUACCAGGUAAAACAAUGGAGCUGCCUAAACAUUUGGUUAACUUUAUGCUUAUUUCCAAGAACCUGUGUAUCAAAUCCUUCAAAACCCAAUUUUUUACUGAUACUGGCUGAUGAUCUUGGUAUUGGAGAUGUGGGUUGCUAUGGCAAUGACACAAUAAGGACCCCUAACAUUGAUGGCCUGGCAAAGGAAGGAGUGAGACUUACUCAGCACAUUGCUGCAGCUGCUGUCUGUACUCCGAGUAGAGCAGCUUUCCUGACUGGCAGAUACCCCAUCAGAUCAGGCAUGGCAUCCGGCACUCAACGGCGGGUUCUCUUUUGGAAUGGGUGUUCUGGUGGGCUCCCACCGAAUGAAACUACUUUUGCCAGAAUACUGCACCAGCAAGGUUAUUCUACAGCACUUGUAGGGAAGUGGCAUAUGGGUGUGAACUGCAAAUCCCGCCAUGAUCACUGCCACCAUCCUUUAAAUCACGGCUUUGAUUAUUUUUACGGCAUGCCUUUUACCCUUUUGAAUGAGUGUCAAGGCACAGAUGACCCUGAACUGGCCAAGUCUUUGCAAGAUUCAUACUGGCUUUACACACAGAUUAUCAUCCUUGCAGUGCUUACUCUUUUGAUUGGAAAACUUACCAAUUUAUUCUCAGUAAAAUGGAAAAUAAUUAUAUAUCUAGCCAUCUGUGGUCUCCUGUAUUUCAUCUCCUGGUUCUCCAGCUAUGGUUUCACCAAGUACUGGAACUGUAUCCUGAUGAGAAACCAUGAUAUCACUGAACAACCGAUGAAUCUAGAAAAAACUACUUCUAAUAUGCUGAAGGAGGCAGUUUCAUUCAUUGAAAGAAACAAGCAUAGACCAUUUCUUCUCUUUGUUUCCCUUUUACAUGUUCACACCCCUCUCAUUACGACACAGGAGUUUCUGGGAAGAAGCAGACAUGGCCUAUAUGGUGAUAAUGUAGAGGAGAUGGACUGGAUGGUGGGAAGGCUUCUGGAUGUUAUUGACAAAGAAGGCUUGAAGAAUACCACAUUCAUUUAUUUUGCAUCUGAUCAUGGAGGAUCCUUAGAGGCUCACAGAGGAAAUGCUCAGUUGGGUGGAUGGAACGGGAUCUAUAAAGGUGGAAAAGGCAUGGGAGGCUGGGAAGGAGGCAUCCGUGUCCCAGGAAUAGUUAGAUGGCCAGGAGUAUUACCCGCAGACACAGUUAUCGAUGAACCGACAAGCCUAAUGGACAUUUUCCCAACAGUGGUUCACCUGGCUGGAGGGGCUGUGCCUCAGGACAGGGUAAUCGACGGGCUCACCUUGCUGCCUUUGCUGCAGGGGAUAGUUCAGCACUCCGGGCACGAGUUCAUGUUUCACUACUGCGGUGCGUUUCUGCAUGCAGUGCGGUGGCACCAAAAGGACCGUGGCACCACAUGGAAAGCUCAUUAUGCUACUCCAGUAUUCCAACCAGAAGCCUCUGGGGCCUGUUCUGGAAAAGGAAUUUGCCCAUGUUUUGGGGAUGGUGUAACCCAUCACGACCCCCCACUGCUGUUUGAUCUCUCACAAGAUCCUUCUGAGACAAAUCCUCUGUCAGCUGACACUGAGCCCUUGUUUGACGCUAUAAUGAGGAGAAUAGGAGAAGCCAUAGAAGAGCAUCGCAAUACGCUGACUCCAGUCCCACAGCAGCUGUCUCCUUACAAUAAUAUAUGGAAGCCAUGGCUGCAGCCAUGCUGUGGCACAUUUCCAUUCUGUUGGUGUGAUGAAGAAAACAACAAAGCAGAUGGCAUACUUUAAUACCAAAAUCGAAGUACAGUUAGCUUAAAAAAGGUAAUAGUUUUCACAUUCACAUCACUACAGUCAUACAGUGAUAUAGGUCAAAUUACACUGGAAUAACUGCAAGGUUUGUUAUUGAUGCUUUUCAUUCAACCUCUUCUCUUACCCACAGAAAUUCAGUAAGCCUAUAGUUUUAAAGAAAUUUAAAAUGUUCCAAACAUAUUCCACCUAUGGGUCACCUAUAUAAUCUGUCACUCAAGUGCAUAAUUCUGGAUCAAAUACUCAAAUAAAUGAAACAAAAUUUCUUUCCUUGCUGAUUUUCAAGUAAAUUAUGAAUGAUAAGAGAGAAAACUUUAAUUGCAGCUAUUUGUACAGGUAAUAUGCUUGUUAAGGCAACAGGACUGAGCCCAAGAGGGGAUCUCUAUUCAAGCCUUAUCUUUUUAAUGAAAAAAAAAAAACCUGUCCUGUGUUUAAAAGCACAAUUGUACAUUUAAUUUGGAAACACACCAAAACAGAUUGGCCUCUAAGAAAUAAACAACUACUAAUUUACUGCAAAUUUUGCCUCCUCUGUACAUUCAUUUAUCUAUCAUGUCAGAAUUCCUAGGAAAAAAAUGACCUGACAAGUAUAUGUAAAUAUUAGGUAGCUGAAGUUAUAAUCUCAAAUUCAGCAGCGAAGUAUCUAGCUAUUCUGAAAUGGUAAACCACAACAUCUCCUACUGACAUACACUUUCCGCAUCAUCAUCUCACUUGCAAGCGCAUUGAAAAUCAUCACCCAGCUGCCUUGACAAGAUAGGUCCCAAAUUUCAUGAUCUGCGAGACCAAUUCAUAAGCUGCAUGGCCCACUUCAGGGAUAACGCUCCUGAUUUUGUAAGAGUGCUACUGUGCCCCAUGAAAAAGGUGCUUUGUUUUGUGAGGCAGCGCUUAGUUUUCAGUAAAAGGUGUUAAAAAAGGCACUGCACACACUAAUCACUUCAGUAUACAGGUCAUCUUCUCCAAGCCAAACAAGUGUCAGCACUCUGUAUAGUCAUUACGGAAAGGGAGGGAAUUAAAAUAUCUAAUCCUCUCUGGCUGCCUUCAGGUUAAAUAAAUUCAUCUCUCAAUAUAUAAUCCUGACCAUGCUUUUGCAGGGGUUUUGUGUAAAAUCCUAUUUUUAAGCGGAGGUUCCUGCAUUUUCUGCUUCAAAAAAAAAGUAGAUUAUGUGCCAGAGACUCAGAUUCAAACUUCUAAACCCUCCUGAACACUGUAUAUUCACUCCCACCACACAGCUAAAGGUCACCAAGAUUUUAAAAGUAACAAGGGACGGUAAGAGCAGCACAGCAGGUACUUCAGGUGGCCUGUUUCCUUAUAGCCAGCUGCCCUGCAGAACCACGCCAGUGCAGCUCUCUUGUCUGCGUGUCAUUUUUUGCCUUUUAGAAAGGGGAGGAGAUAAGAAGGCCCACGGCAGCUGGUAAUCCCAGAGCAGCCCGCUGCGCUCUCAGCUCUUGAGCUGCAACAUCCCGUCCCAGCCCUUUCACCAGCCCCGGGACAAAAGAGUGUGUGUGCAUGCCGGGACCACGCACCUUUUGUGGUGAUUUGAGGCAAGCUCCUGACUUGCACCCCGCCAUGCGGUAUGUCAUCGGUGUGGUAAGUCGCUGUGUUACUUUGCUCUGAACAGCACAGGCUGUGACCGUGAUGCAGCACCAAACACAAGCCUCCAAGAAGCUGACCGGGCAUUUCUUCAGGUUAUUUCCUAUUUUACCUUUCCUCUAAAAGCUCACCAAGCAAGUUAGGUGGAAAUUAUUCCACAUAAACCAAAGGGCUAAUCUGCCAAUGAACUGAUAGGACACAUCAAUGUCAGACUUGACAGAAGUAUCUAAAAAUACAUUUGUUCUUACUGCUUGACAGCAUUUAAAUCCACAUCAGCAUUGCUAAGAACUUGUCAGAAGAUUUGACAUUUUUCUGCGGCUGACAGGGAUUGAAACCUGAGCAGCUGCAUUUCACUGGAUUCAUGCAGGAAUAAAAGAGCAUAAGAGACCAUGCAUUUUAAAGCCAGUUUGGCCAAUUCAGAGAUGGAGGAGAAAUCUCAUUGCUCAGUGGGGAACAAAGCCAAAAGCUGUUCUCUAGAGUCAGGCCAGUCAGUUCAAUGAUCUACAUUGUCAGUUAAGCAUGGGGAUAAGCUUUUCCUCAGUUCACCUCACUGCCCUCCCCACCCCCCACCCCGUUUAUAGAGAACUUGCCCAGUCACAGACGAGGCCACAAUUAGAGCGUUUACCAGGGGAUGAGAAGGUGUCCAAGCACCCACGCAGCAUGUAAGCAUAGGUCCAAGCUCCUGUUGACAGACUGGGAAGCCCAGUACAUCAGCAAAAACCCUGAACUCCAUCUCCAAGCAUAGUGUGAACGCUUUCGACCCAAGUUUAGAGCCAGGCCAAGAGCUAGAAACAAGAGCAGAGUGCAUUUGGAUUGGCUUAUAGCACGUCCAUCACAUGAGCCUGCCCUUCACCUCACGGGGAAAAAAGUCACCCCAUAUAAAAGUAAACAUUAAACAUUUGUGCAACACCUCACUCCUCUGAAAGGUAAAUUUGCUAAACUGCCAUAUAGGGUCAGACACUAAGGACUCACGUGAAUUUAGUUGCUGCCUUCCUGACAUCCAAACAGAGAUAGUUUCUUCUUGGCUAGCAUAUGUGGAAAGCCAGAGGGGCUUUCGGGCAGGAGGGGGAGGAAACAUGCCUGGCAGCAUAGAGCAACUGGCUUUUGUCAAGUAACUGUUAGAGACCUUAACCAGGCACGGGGAAAUGGGCUCUCUCCACGCAGAGAGGGACGAAGAGGGCAUGCAGCGCACACAGAGGUAAUCUGUAGAUGACAAGGAGGACAAAGUACUGGGAAAUCACCGAAUUGGAUGUACAACGUCACUUAAAAAAAAACCAAAACAAAACACAAAAAACCCCAAUACAUUGGCGAGGGAGAGAGAAGAAAGAAUGCCCUAAGCAGACUAUUUUCAGUCCUAAAUUCCUUUCACUGUCUAAAGCUAAAUGUAUCUUAAAAGGUGCCAAUUUUGAGGAGAUGGCGGUAAGCAGGGAAAGGAAUUAAAUUAUUUCACCUGUUUCCUGCAGAUGCUGGCCAUGGAGCGGUUGCUGAUCCCUCCGUCUGUAUAGGCUCCAGCCAGCCAGAGCUCUGCGCAAGCUACUGUUCUGAUCUCCUGGGAAAUGUGUGCUCCCCGUAAAGCAGGUGAACCCAGCGUUGCACUUCAGAGUUGUCCUGGUGCGCGUUUCCACAUAAAAUGCAUUAACAGGUAAAAAGCUGUUACAAAAACUGUUUGCAUUUGAAUAAUACUGAAAGAAAUAAAUUCUUCAGUCAGUUACCUAGGUUCGCUUGAAAAAUCAUCUAUAAUAAUCUUUUGCAAAAUAUAUAAGAAUCAAGCUAACUUAUAUGCUUUCUCCCUUCUUUUCUCAUGGUGGAAGGUAGCAAGCACCACAUAAAAUGGCCUGUUAGGAAAACCUGAGACAACCGGCAAAUCUCCAAGCCACUGUUAACCAUAGGAGCACAUGCCUACACAUGGUUAAAUAUAGACACCCUAGAGAGGGAAGCAUUACUUAGUAACAAAUGAAGUUUGUUUCCACUGAAAGAGCUGUGGCUGAACUGUAUAAAUGUUUGACAUUCAUGUUGUAUGAAGCUACUUCCAUCCGAAUAGUUUGAUCAUUAUUAAAUGACAUUUGGAAUCGCUGCAUUAGACUGAGUCAACAAAGUGAUCAUCAAGUCUCACAGUGAUGAGACAAUAAGCUUCUAAGAGACCUCACUUCACCGUCUUUAAGCAUCACACACAUCGCUUUGCUCCCUGCUGGGACCCAAGGGAAUGCCAGCACAUGGAUCGCAAGAUCCCAUUGUUUGGGGAUGCAAAAUAAUUGUGUAACAGAUAAACUGAGAAAAGGAAUUCAAGCUCAGAGUUUAUCCAGCUUGAAAUUCCUGGGGAUUCUGAGGAUAUCUGAGAAGCAUUUACAUAAAUGACCAAAAAGAAGGAGUAAGUAUCAAAAAGUUUUGCUCACCACCAGACUGUAGUUUAAAAGUACACAUACACACACAUAUAUAGUGUGAAUAAAAUACUGGAGGAUUUUUGUAGAAUGUUUUGAUUGUAAUGUUACAUCUAAACAACUCUGUAAAAAUCAAAUUUA